AUGGGUCGUCAGUCCGUCCGCUGGUCGUCCGUCGGUCCACCGUCGGCCGGCCGAUCGUUCGGUGCGCUCCGACGUCGGCGACAUCAAAUCGUCCGCGAAUCCUGUGAUGCUCGACGAAAAGGUCUCGAUCGAACGCUGUUUGGACAUGUAGCCGUCGUGUUCGUCGAUGAAGUGCAGCCAUUCUUGACUGGAUGCGUGGCGCUCGAUAAUCAGGCCCGAUUUGCUGAGAAAUCAGGAGCGUUGGCGUUGGUCGUGGGACCGGCGUCGCGAAUUCAGCGUGUUAGAAAGCCGAUGAAGGUUCGUUCGUCGAAAAUUCCAGUGGUAGUCUUGGACGAUCAGGAAACACAACGCCUUCGCCAACAACUUGCGGAGGCCGGACAUGGUGCCGCUGUCGCCCGUCUGAGACUCGAUUUUGUCGAGCCGAAGCCGCCGAAUGUGCUCAAACUGCAAGUGUUUCGUCCAAACCUCUUGAAUCUUUCGUUGAUUGGUUUGCUCAUCCUGUUGGUGAUAUUCAUCACAUUACUGGUAUUCGUGAAAAUUCGGUGGCGACCGACGGCUCAUAGAGAUCUGUGGCUGCGCACUUUAGCCAGAGCCGCUGUCGGCAAAAUGGAGAUCCGUAAAUUCCAAAAGGUUCGUUGGUGCGGUUUUCUACAUUAUCGAAAUACAAAUACUGAGGCACCAAAGACAUCCACCACUUUUCUUGGUGUUCAAAACUGUGCUAAAGCUUCACUGAGUCGUCAACACAAGGUAAUGCUAAACCUUGGGAAUGGGUUCAUUGGAGAAUUGCUGGCCUUCCAACGGCGGAAUAUAGACAUAUAUAUAUAUACAUAUAUAUAUAUAUGGGCGCGUGUGACGCUGUGGUCGGAUGUGCUCUGUAAUGCACAUGGAAUCGAUCCCCGCGCACCAAGCCCACUACGCCUUCCAUCCCUCCGGAAUCGGCAAAUUGAUACCAUACCUGUCUGGAGGAUAGCAGCACUGACUCGAUACAUCGGUGGGCCACCACUAGUCAUUGUAAAGGCCAGAUAUGUAUUCAAUCACCUUCAAGCGAUGCUUAAUGAAGUCGAAUGCAAGGCACAUCCCUCAAGGAUUGAUCAACGCCAAAAGCUUUAUCCUUAUAUAUAUAUAUAUAUAUAUAUAUAUAUAUAUAAUAUGUAUAUAUACAUAUAUAUACAUAUGUAUAUAUAUUUAUAA